AAUGUCUAAUAAUUCACCCUUUUAAGUAUAUCUUAGAGUUAAGCCCUUGUUAGAUAAUAAGUAAUAAUAUUUACAAUUUCUAGUCAGGACAGUCUUAUUUAAGAGUUAGAUGAAAAGAGAAUAGUGAUUACCAAAUAGGGUAGAAAUAAUAAAGAGUUUCAUUUUGAUCGUAUUUUUAAUAACGAAAACAAUGCUUAAAUCUUUUCUGAGAUUCUCUAAGUAUUUUUUAUUUAUCUAAAGUUAUAGCAUAAUAUAAAUUAUUUCCUUGAAGGUUAUAACACAACUAUUUUGGCAUACGGUAUAACAGGAUCUGGCAAAACACAUACAAUAUUUGGUAAUGAGAAAGACGAGGGACUUGCAUUCUAAUGUUUAAAUUAUUUAGUUGAAUAAACAAAGUAUUUAAGCAAUUUAAGUUAGUGCUUACCCAAAUGCAUUAGUAGAAGUGAGUUUUAUUGAGAUAUAUAAUGAAACUAUAAGAGAUCUAUUAAAUACUAAUUAAAAAUCAUUAGUAAUUAUGUAGGAUAGUUAAAAAGGAUAAUAUAUAUCUGGAGUAUAAUAAAUGGUUUGUAAGAAUUGUGAAGAAGUGAAAGAAGUAUUGAACCUUGGGAAUCAAAAUAGAAGUCUGGCUUAAACUAUAUAUAAUGUUUCAUCUUCAAGAUCCCAUGCUGUGAUUUAGGUAAACUUAUCAUAUAAGAUUGACAAGUAAAAAUGUUAUAAUAAUUUUUAAGUUAAAUUCUAACUCCAAAAUUAUUUAUUGUAGAUUUAGCAGGUUCAGAAAAAGUCUAUUUGGAAUAGAAGUCAAAAAACUAAUAAGAAGGUUCCAAUAUUAACAAAUCAUUAUUGGCCUUAAGUCAUUGUUUAACGAUGUUAUCAGAUAAAACUAAGAAAAAUUAACAUAUUCCAUACAGAAAUUCAAAACUUACCAGACUCUUAUAAGACUCUUUAGGGGGAAACACAAAAACUAUAAUGAUAGCUUGUGUAUAAUAGAAUAAGUAAUCAUAUGAUGAAAUUUUGAAUACAUUGACAUAUUCUUAAAGAGCUACAUAAAUAAAGAGACAGGUUCAAAAAGAAAUAACAUCUAUUCCACAGAAUCCAAAAUCAGAAGAUCUAUCUCCUACGAAUGAAUCUUAAUAGUCAGGAGAUUCCUCUUCUAAAUCAAUCUAUUUAACUAAAAUUUAUAAUGAUAUCUACUCAAAUGUAGAAGAAUAUUAUGAGAUUAAUAAUUCAAUAAUGGAAAUUUAAUCAUAAAUUUAAGCAAAUUCUUAAAAAAUUGAAGAAACUCAAGAAACUAAAUAAGAGGAUGAAAAUUAUAUGAAAUUGUUAGCAGCAUAAAAAGAAAAUCAAAUAAUUGAAAAAUAAUUAUAGAAUGCAUUAAAAACAAAUUUAUAAUAAAAACAGAUAUUAAAAUCUUUACUUCUUUAGAUUACAGAAGAAUAAUAAUCAACUAUAAAUUAUUGGAAAUAAAGAUUUGCAGAUUUAUCCAAAUAAAUAUUAGACAUGAAAUCUGAUUAAGAGAAAUCACAAUAAGAAUUAGUUUCAAAAGAUUUACUCAUUGCUUAAUAAAAAACAAUAAUAGAAUCAAAUAAAUUACCAAAAAAUUAAUCAUAAUAUACAACAAGUGGAGAUUCAGAUCAAUCAUAUCCUAUUUCAUUUUCAUCUUCUACUAAUAAUUCUUAAAUUAAAAAGAAAGCAUCUAUUACAUAAUAACCUGCUGAAGAUAGACCUAGAUUUGCUAAUAUUUCUCACAUUAAAUAGAGAUUAUCACCAAGAGAUAGAUCACCUGCAAGUAGUAUUUUUGGAACUUCACCUGUUAGAUCACCUUUAAAACAUCAUUCAAUAUAUAGAAAUUUAAGUAAUAAAUAAUAUAUAAAUUUAGAUUCAAUUUCAAAAGAUGAUUCAAGAGAAUUAUCAAAAGAUUUAUCAAAUCUUAGUAUUCAUAAAAAGUCACGUGUUGUUGAUCCCUAAAUUACAACAAUAAAUUUAUAUGGAACUACUUACAUAAAUGUAAUAGAUUAAAAAGAAAAUAACUGA